CACAAACAUCAUCCGAUCUCAUAUUCCUCCCCCUCUCCCACCUCCCGGUCUCCCAUCUUUUACGUGUAUCACUCACUCACUUCUCUUCCGCAAAGCAAAAUUAAAAAUAGCGUAAAUCCUACAACGUUGCCACCUUUCAUUUCACUAUAAAUCACUCUCUAAACUCGAUCUCCAACCUCUGAGCCUCGCCUUGUAUCUCUCCCUUUGUCUUUGCUUUGCGUGCUCCGAUUUGAAUCGCGGUUUGUUCUCGGGAAGCAAAAAUGCAGUCGGGCCAGGUUAAGCGGGUCGAGACCACGCCUUUCGAAGGCCAAAAGCCUGGAACCUCUGGUCUCCGCAAGAAGGUGAAAGUUUUUACGCAACCCCAUUACUUGCAAAAUUUUGUUCAGUCAACAUUCAAUGCCCUUCCAGCAGAUAAAGUUAAAGGCGCUAGAAUUGUUGUAUCUGGUGAUGGUCGCUAUUAUUCAAAGGAAGCUAUUCAGAUCAUAAUUAAGAUGGCAGCAGGCAAUGGAGUAAGAAGUGUUUGGGUUGGUCAAAAUGGGUUGCUUUCAACUCCUGCUGUAUCAGCUGUCGUACGUGAAAGAGUUGGUGCUGAUGGAUCAAAGGCAUCAGGAGCAUUUAUACUGACAGCAAGUCACAAUCCAGGUGGCCCAAAUGAGGAUUUUGGGAUUAAAUACAACAUGGAAAAUGGUGGACCUGCUCCAGAGUCGAUCACUGACAAAAUAUAUGAGAACACGACAAAAAUAAAGGAGUAUUUGACGGUCGAGCUACCUGAUGUGGAUAUCGCUAAAGUAGGUGUAACCACCUUUUCAGUGGAUGGAGGAACUUUUGAUGUUGAUGUUUUUGAUUCAGCGAGUGAUUAUGUGAAGUUGAUGAAAUCAAUCUUUGAUUUUGAGUUUAUCCGGAAGCUGCUAUCGUCUCCAAAAUUCACAUUCUGUUAUGACGCGCUACAUGGAGUUGCUGGAGCUUAUGCAAAACGUAUUUUUGUGGAAGAGCUUGGUGCAAAAGAAAGCUCAUUAUUAAACUGUGUACCCAAGGAAGACUUUGGAGGAGGGCAUCCAGAUCCUAAUCUCACCUAUGCAAAGGAGUUGGUUGCGCGAAUGGGAUUGGGUAAAUCAACUACUCAAGAUGAGCCCCCAGAAUUUGGUGCUGCUGCUGAUGGUGAUGCAGAUCGUAACAUGAUCCUCGGUAAAAGGUUUUUCGUUACCCCAUCGGAUUCUGUAGCCAUCAUUGCUGCAAAUGCAGUUGAAGCCAUACCUUACUUCUCUGCUGGUCUGAAGGGAGUUGCCAGGAGCAUGCCUACCUCUGCUGCCCUUGAUGUUGUAGCCCAACAUUUAAAUUUGAAAUUUUUUGAGGUACCCACUGGCUGGAAAUUUUUUGGUAAUUUGAUGGAUGCUGGGUUAUGUUCAGUUUGUGGGGAAGAAAGUUUUGGAACAGGUUCGGAUCAUAUACGUGAGAAAGAUGGUAUCUGGGCAGUUUUAGCUUGGUUAUCUAUACUUGCUUAUAAAAAUAAGGAAAAUCUUGGUGGGGAGAAGCUUGUCAGUGUUGAAGACAUAGUUCGUCAGCAUUGGGCUACCUUUGGUCGCCAUUAUUAUACUCGAUAUGAUUAUGAGAAUGUGGAUGCAGGUGCAGCAAAGGAACUGAUGGCAUCUUUGGUGAAAUUGCAAUCUUCCCUUUCUGAAGUCAAUCAGAUUGUGAAGGGCAUACGUUCAGAUGUCUCCAGUGUUGUCAACGCUGAUGAAUUUGAAUACAAGGAUCCUGUUGAUGGCUCCAUAUCAAAACACCAGGGCAUUCGGUACUUGUUUGAGGAUGGAUCACGAUUGGUUUUCCGCCUCUCAGGCACUGGCUCAGAAGGUGCCACAAUCCGACUAUACAUUGAGCAGUACGAGAAGGAUCCAUCAAAAAUUGGCAGAGAAUCUCAAGAAGCACUUGGUCCUCUUGUGGAGGUUGCUCUUAAGCUUUCCAAGAUGCAAGAAUUCACUGGUCGAUCUGCCCCUACUGUUAUUACAUAGAUGCACAUCUCUAAAAUUUUAAAAAAAGUGACAUGGUGCUUCGUUUUGAAUAUGAAAAAGGACUGGCUGGGUUUCUUCAAAUGUAUUAGUAAUAAGAACCCUUUUUUGUAAUUUGGUGGUCUGCUUAUGACUACGGAAGUAAGCCGGUAGCAAGAUUUUUGACUUUUCAAAAUAAAUGUGUGCUGCUGGCAAAUGAGAGUGUUGUUGACAAGUAAAACUACUCGCUGAUAUAAUUUUUGACUUUUCAAAAUAAAUGUGAAUUUUAAAUUAUACUC